UAAUCUGCAUUACUGUUAAAUUUGAUUUUGUUUUAUCAAUAUAAAUAGAAACCUUUUUGCUCUUGCAGGAGACCCAACAGAGAUGAUGGUUACAUGGGUGACUUUGGCAAACACAAACUACUCUAUUGUUCAGUACAACAAGGUUGGUUUUCCUCUGACAUUACAAGCUUCUGGUGACAUCACUAAAUUCACUGACGGCGGAUCAGAACAUCGAGUGUUGUACAUUCACAGGGUGAAAUUGACAGGACUGGUUCCCAAUCAGACGUAUGAGUAUCAUUGUGGUGGAUUAGAGGGUUGGAGUGCACUGUAUGCAUUUAAAGCCCUCAAGUCUGGUGUGGACUGGAGUCCUCAAAUGGCUGUCUUUGGAGAUCUUGGAAGUGUUUGCAUUUUAAACGAUUCGGGCUGCACGUUUGCCAGAAGAACUCGGGUAGAAUAA